UACGCCGUAGGGUCUGCGUCGGUGUAACGCGGGACCAUAAAUCAGGCUGUAGUCUGCAGAGCUGCUGGUCCGUCUCUCCGGCCUGGAGAACGUGGUCGGCCACAUCCUCCCUUAGCUUUCACUAGCAGCUCCUCACAUCCUCCCUUAGCUUUCACUAGCAGCUCCUCCGGGAUGUUCCUGGGGGAGCCGGGCAGCUGGCCGCUAACCGCACACACGCAGCACAUGAUUACUUUCAUUAUCGCUGCUAUUUAAGUCCGGAUUUGGGCUCCCUGCAGUGGGAACUUUGAACGCAUUCUGGACAAAAGUGCACGUCAGUGGGUUUGUUGUUCUGUAACGGGGAAUCUACCCUGCUGGACGAGAGCAACUGCCUUGCAGUACACAUUUGGCUGCCAUGAUGCUUGGGUUACAGGGAAAUGCUUCUUCCCCCAAAGUGUAUCGUUGUGUGGCUUGUUCAGCCACUUUCACUGGCCUGGCUUCAUUGCUAGUACAUCAAGCAACCCAUGCAAGUACACUCUCUAAAACCUCCGCCCAGCCUCCAACACAGCCUGAUGUCAGCCUGCAGGAAGCACAGCAUGGAAGUACUGAUUCAGCCAGCGAGCACCGCAGCCCACCAGCUCGUUUGCCUGAGAGCCCUUCACCUUCUUUUUAUAUUUGCGAUUGUGGAGAGGAAUUUCAAAACUUUGGCGUCAUGCUGGAGCAUAAACGCUCACAUGUCCCUCAAAUGCAGUCAUUUCGGCCCUUGGAAGAUAAUACUGCCCUCACUAGUGGAACAGAGAGUGAUAUGGUUUUUUCCACUGCAUCAUUCACCCCUGUAAACCAGACAGAUUCUGCCCUUAGUUGCCCCUCUACUUCCAAGGCUCCAGCUGCUGAAGUACCCACAUUAAAUUCCCUGAAAGAAGAUGUGGCCUUGGAGGACCAUGUUGCCAUGGUAACCUCUCCUCAAGGCCAGUGCACACCCCCUCAAGAUAUCAGUGAGAUAGGACUUGAGAAUGUCUCUACCACUGCAGAGCUGAUACCAGAGACUGCAGAAGACAUGUAUUUGCAGGCAGAAACAUUUUCUGAAAAAAAGGCAGAGAAUUUGCCCAGAAAUAACACCCUAAUGAAGUUGCUGGCCUCGGCAUACAUGAGCCGGAUUCCACCUCGUCCUUCUGAGAAUCAGAGCAAAAAGAAAUUUGUCCCUAAGCAGGAAGUAAUACCAGUUGAUAUAACCUUAGGAGCAAAAGCAGACGUCUCUCAAAUCAAUGAUCUCUCUAUUGCUCACCUGAGACGACUGCUUGCUAAACCUGAUAAAAAGACAAAAGCUCCAUCCAUAGGCAGAAUACUAGAGUCAAGUAGGAAGAGGGUUGUCUCUCUGACCAAAACCUUGUCUCCCGUUGUGGUUCUUGAGACGCGACAAAAGCUCAUGGAUCCAGUUGCCAAAGGCUCUUUUGGGAGAUAUCAGUGUGGUCGCUGUCGUAAAGUGUUUCCAAAUUUAGACAGACUAACGGAGCAUCAUUUUUUGCAUAAAAAAGAAAGGAUUAAAUGUUGUCGACGCUGCAAGCAGCUUAUCAUCGGGCGGUUGCCUUUCCCUGACAAUCAUGUCUGCCCUCACCUGGGACACAAGAAUACACACCCAUCAGGCUCUUUCAUGAGCAAGUUCCCCCCCAAAAUAGUGCCAUUCCACGGUCUCAACAGUGCAAAAAAGGUCUUCUUCUGUCCGUUGUGCAAACACAGCUAUGCACGGCGGUGGAACCUAAAGACACACAGGUGUCAUGGUUCGGCCUCAGCUCCCCAAAGACAUUUCACUCCAUUUCAAAAAAUGUUCACAAUGAGGUCAAAUAGCAUUCCCGGCACUGUUGCUGAUGAAGAUAAAAACGGCUGUCUAAAUUCUAAGAGCGUUGCCGUAGGAACUGAUGUUGGAGGCCAUAUCAAGAUUGAGAUGAGUUCUGCUAAUUCAGAGCAGUCUGCAGCUUCACUAUUGGCCUGGACUCAUCCAGCCAAAACCUUUUCCCCAUUUUCCCUGAAAUCCUUUAUGAAGGAGCCAAAUCCAGAUGUCUCUGUGGCUUCACUCGAGGAAGAAAUAGAAACCAGCUUGGAUGCAGAAUCAAUAGAGGAUGAAGACAGUAAUGAAGGUCAGUGGACAAUGCCCUUGGACGAUGAAAUCCAGGUGCUAAAUUCUGCAGGUAAACCUGAUGAUGAUGGAGAGGUGAAGGCAUCUGGCUCAGCUGAACAUGAAGGGAUGGCACCACAAAGCCUGCGCUAUUUUGUUCAAGAUGGUGUGAAACGCUAUCCUUGCAACAAGUGUCAGAAAACCUACAGUCGAGCCUCAACUUUGAGACGCCAUCUACGACUGUGUGGGUUUAGGCCUCCUGGGUUUGGGAUUGUAGCACGUACCGAUGGUCAGGGUGCCUUUAGACUAAAUGUCAAUAAUGAGAGACCAAUGUUUCCCUGUUUUGUCUGUGGAAAGACUUUUAACCGCAAGGAUAAUAUGAUGGCUCACAGAAAAAAAUGCCAGCUGCAGCGUACGUUAGAUGUAGAACUGGAGGCCGUGCAGCAUAGUUCGUCAGGCAGUGCAGCAACAGACUGUCAGACAGAUGAGGAUGAUCCAGGAAACUGGGGCAUCAUGGCUCUGCCCUCUGUUCUUCCACGGAGGGUGACGUGUGAAUGUGGGGCUGGAUUUACAUCUCCAAAACUUCUUGUGGCGCAUUUGCAGAAGCACGCAAAAGAAUCAUACACAUGUCCAAGCUGUGGAGAGACUGUUGGUUCCUGGGCUGACUAUGAAGUUCACUUGCAGAUCCAUAUGAAUCCUCAUCGCCAGCUGCUGCAGGGAAUAAAAUCUAAUCGACUACUUCAGUUUCAGCCAUCUCAACAGCAGUCGUCUCCAUCCCCUCUCCAGCGUCCUCAGAAAACGUUCCACUCAUUGUAUCUUCCAAACCUAGCUAAAAAGCAGCAGCAGCGGAUUGUAUGCACACGAUGUGGGAACACCUUUGCAACUCGCUGUUCCCUUCGCAGGCACAUUACCUGGAAUCGCUGCAAAGGUGCACGAGCUGCAAAUCAACCCACAAAUGCACCCAAAAGCUUCCGCUGUUCACACUGCAGCUCUGACUUCCCGAACAGCAUCAGUCUAAUAUUCCACCAGAGGAACGGGGCUUGCAAGCCUGCCAUCAAACCUGUUCGUUGCCCUGUUUGUCUUCGCUGGUUUGGUACUGGGGACAGUCUGCAGAAACAUCUGCUCACUCACAGACAGACUGAACAAUAUCGCUGUGACGUCUGUCAGGGUACAUACCCCAACCUUAAAUCCCUCAAAAACCACCGCAGGAGGAUCCAUCGCAUCAUGGCUGGAGACAUUCUGCCCCAAACACCAGAGCCAAUGACUUCUUAAAGGCAAAUAAAUUGAAGUGAUAGAAUCACACACAAUGCGUGAAAUGGGAGUGGUACCUUUACAACCACAGCCCAUCUUAUUAUAAUUGUUUUUCACAUUUGUGAAAAGUAUGUUGUUUUUUACUUUACAGUAGUUACUUCGAACUUGUACAGCUGUAUAAGGUGUUUUUAAACUACUUUUCAGUGUAGUUUUAGCUUGCCACAGCAAAAUUAAAUCAGAAAAGAAGACAAAUAGGCUUUGAUAGGCUGUACAUUUUAAGUUUUCCAAGUUGAUCAUUAAGUUUCUUAGCUUCUCAGCCUUAAGAUGGUUUAGUAUUUGGUAAAUUAAACUUCUUCCACACAGAUAGCGAUGUAACUUGAUGUUGUUCUUGGUGUAAAUAAACAUAUGACAGUGGGACAUGUGUCGUUUCUG